UAAUCUUCCACAUCAAGAAUUUGGAAAAAUUAUUUUAACGAAAAUGUUAUUUUAUUCGUUUUUUAAUUCACUGUAAUUAUCAAGACAAGUUUUCAAUCAACGGAUACUCACGUGGAUGUUUUAAUAACGUAUCAACACAAAUCCAACGCAACGUUAAGUCAAUUGUAUUCGCAGUAGUAAAACUAGGAUUUGCAAAUUUGUAAAAAUAUUAAAAAAUUAUCAAAUUAAACCCUUGAGCUAUAAGAACUACAUAAAUUUAAAAUCAAAAAUAAUAUAAAAUUACAAACGAUGACAAAAUCAGUGAAAAAUAAGAACGGUUCAGAAGAAUUUACAAUAUCGCUUGAAUUUGCAACAGAAAAACCAAAUUUAAGUGGAGAUUGGAUGAAUUUCUUUUUAUUGAUGUUACUAUAUAUAAUACAAGGUUUCCCAAAAGGCUUUGCUAUUGGUUUCUCAAUAAUUUUACAAAGUAAAAAACUAGUGAACUAUGAAGAUCAAGCUGCACUAAGUAUUGCAUUAUGGCCGCAGUGGAUGAAAAUAUUAUGGGCUCCAAUUGUGGAUGCGAGCUACAUCCAAUGGAUAGGUAGACGGAAAUGUUGGCUAUUGCUUUUGCAAUCAUUUAUGGGAUCCAUGAUGAUCUUCAUGGCCAAAAACAUCGAUGAUUGGCUACCUGAAACAGGAAAACCAAACCUCAAAAUGCUAACAACAAUAAUUUUCAUUAUUAACAUUUUGUCGGCAACUCAAGAUAUCGUUGUUGAUGGUUGGGCAUUGACGAUGUUGAAAAAAAAGAACGUGAGUUACUGUUCGACGUGCAAUAUAAUAGGUAUCAUCACUGGCAUGUUUGUGUCUUCUAUUUGUUUCGUUCUACUAGUGUCGGAAGACUUCAGCAAUAAAUAUUUUCAAAUAACGCCCGGCGCUGGAGGGCUAAUUACUAUAAAAACUUUUAUCUAUACGUGGGGCAUCUUCAUACUAAUCAUUACAUUACUGAUCGGAGUAUUCAAAAAAGAAAAGAAUGUCAAAUUGGAAGAGAACUAUGUGAAACUAAACGUAGUUCAAAAUUAUAAACUAUUAUGGAAAAUUUUAAAGCUAUCUCGGGUUAGAAUAUUGGCUGUGGCAUUGAUCACAAUGAGGAUUGGAUAUAUUUCAAUGGAGAAUACUGUCUCGAAUUUGAAAUUAAUCGACGCUGGAAUAUCUAAAGAUGAUAUGAUGAUGGUUGGUGUAUUAAAUUAUGCUAUAUCAUUGUCAACGCCAUUCUUCACGUCCAAAUAUAUUACAAGCUCAAAACCAAUGAGUUACUAUCUGAAAAUUAUGCCUUUCAAAUUACUUUGGGCUAUCACUUAUGCCGCAUUAAUUUAUUUAACACCAAAUUUAAUUCGAAAAAAUGAAGUCAUUGAUGUGCCAAUAUAUUACUAUGUUAUAUUAGGAUCAAUUAUUUUUAUAAAUGAAAUUAUGAGUGUCUUAAUGAUGUUACUUGUGUUCUCAUUGUUUUGUCGAAUAAGUGAUCCCCGUUUUGGUGGUACAUAUAUGACAUUAUUCAACACUUUAUAUUUUUUGGGAUAUCUGGUUUCAAAUACUGUAGUUUUGAAACUGAUUGCUAUAUUCACUUUUAGCGAAUGCUCAAAUGAAAUGAAUAAUAAUUGUUCUACGGCAGACUUGAAAAACUUAUGCAAAACGAUUGAAGGAAAUUGUGAAGUAUACAUUGAUGGCUACUAUACAAUAAUUGUUUUAAAUAUGGUCAUUGGAUUUAUUUGGUACAUUGUUUUUAGAAAAACACUAAUAGAAUAUGAAUCUUUGAAUCAGUCUCAAUGGUUGAUUAAUGUUAAACAAUAUAAAACUACAAAGUUAAAUGAUAAUCGAUCAAUAUCUUUAUAG